UCCGCCGACCGCCGAGAUGUCCACUCGGAUAGCUCAACGAGACCACCUCGAUCCGCUGCUUCUUCUUGCAAUCGUCGUCCUCCUACGAAUGGGUAUGGCAAGCUCGCUCCCGUGCUCGCCCGACCAGGCCGCGGCGCUGCUCCAGCUCAAGCGGUCGUUCACCGCGACGAGCGCAUCCGCCACCGCCUUCCGGUCGUGGCGCGCCGGCACGGACUGCUGCCGCUGGGCGAGCGUGCGCUGCGACGGCGGCGGCCGCGUCACCUCCCUCGAUCUCGGCGGACGCCGCCUGCGAAGCGGCGGCCUUGACCCUGCCGUCUUCAGCCUCACGUCGCUGCGGCGUCUCAGCCUCGGAGGCAACAACUUCAGCGGGUCGCGGCUCCCGGCCGCCGGGUUCGAGCGGCUCACCGAGCUCACCCAUCUCAACAUCUCCGCCAGCUUCUCUGGCCAGAUCCCAGCAGGUAUAGGACUCCUCACCAACUUGGUUUCUCUCGACCUGUCGUCUCGCAUCUACAUCGUCAAUCAAGGAGAUGGUGUCAAUGUCAUGUCAAAUUUGUAUCCCGCCUGGGGCUUCUCCAGGGUAAACUUCGAGAAGUUGAUCUCAAAUCUUGGUAAUCUGAGGGAACUGUAUCUAGGCUUGGUGUACAUGUCCAACGGAGACGAAAGGUGGUGCCAAGCUCUGGCUAAUUCCACUCCUAAGAUUCAGGUUCUGAGCCUACCAUUAUGCAAGAUCUCUGGUCCCAUUUGUCAAUCCUUGUUUCGUUUGCGAUCCCUUUCAGUUAUUAACUUGCAAAGAAAUCACUUGUCUGGUCCCAUACCUGAAUCUUUCGCUGAUUUACCAUCCCUUAGUGUCCUGCAACUUUCAAGAAACCAGUUUGAGGGCUUGUUUCCAACAAGGAUCUUCAAAAACAGAAAGCUUACAACUAUUAGCUACAACUAUGAAAUCUAUGGCAGUUUGCCCAAUUUCCCACCAAAUAGUAGUUUGAUCAAAUUGCAUGUCAGUGGCACCAAGUUCUCAGGUUUUAUACCAAGCUCUAUUUCUAAUAUCACAGGUCUGAAGGAGCUGGGUCUUAGUGAAAAUGAUUUCUCUACAGAACUGCCAUCUUCUCUAGGAAUGCUUACAUCCUUGAACUUAUUUGAGGUUUCUGGGCUUGGACUAGUAGGAUCAAUGCCAACUUGGAUAACAAAUCUAACAUCUUUGACAGAGCUCCAAUUUUCUCAUUGUGACUUGUCUGGACCUUUACCAUCUUCCAUAGACAAUCUCAAGAAUCUUAGAAGAUUAUCUAUAUUCAAGAGCAACUUUUCUGGAAACAUACCAUUGCAAAUCUUUAACUUGACACAACUCCAGAUCUUGGAACUUGUACAGAACAACUUCAUGGGGACAGUGGAACUUACCUCAUUCUGGGGAUUACCAUACUUAAAACACCUUGGUCUUUCAAAUAAUAAAUUAUCUGUGGUCGACGGGUUAGUCAAUGAUUCAGCAGCAUCUUCUCCCAGAGUAGCAUCCUUGAUGUUGGCAUCCUGCAAAAUAUCAACGUUUCCUAAUGCAUUAAGACAUCAAGAUAACAUAGACUUACUUGAUCUUUCAAAUAAUCAAAUGGGUGGGGCAAUACCUUCAUGGGUCUGGGAAACUUGGAAAGAAUUGUUCUUCUUGGAUCUAUCAAAUAACAAGUUUACAAGUCUAGGACAUGACACUUUGCUCCCCUUAUACACAAGAUAUAUAAAUCUCAGUUAUAACAUGUUUGAAGGGCCCAUACCUAUACCUAAAGGGUGUACAGAUUCUCUGUUGGAUUACUCGAAUAAUCGGUUUUCGUCUAUGCCAUUUGAUCUAAUUCCAUAUCUUGCUGGUACACUAUCUCUAAUGGUCUCUAGGAAUAAUGUCUCUGGAGAAAUCCCAUCAACAUUUUGCGCUGUUAAGAGUCUUCAAAUCCUUGAUCUCUCCAAUAAUAUCAUAAAUGGCUCAAUUCCUUCUUGUCUGAUGGAGAAUUCCUCAACACUUAAGAUAUUAAAUUUGAAGGCAAACCAACUUCAUGGAGAGUUGCCGCAUAAUAUCAAGGAACAUUGUGCAUUCGAGGCAUUGGAUUUCAGCCACAACUGGAUUGAAGGGAAACUACCUACAUCAUUAGUAGCUUGCAAAAACUUGAUGAUACUUGACAUUGGGAACAAUCAAAUUGGAGGCUAUUUCCCAUGUUGGAUGCAUCUUCUUCCUAAACUCCAAGUCCUUGUCUUGAAGUCUAACAAGUUCUACGGACAGUUGGGUCCUACUCUUGCUAAAGAUGAAAGCAGUUGUGAAUUACAAGAUCUUCGGAUUCUUGAUCUAGCUUCAAACAACUUCUCAGGCAUACUGCCUGGUGAAUGGUUUAGUAAACUAAAAUCCAUGAUGCUAGUCUCCACUAAUGAGACAUUGGUAAUGAAAGAUGCAGAUACAUAUAGCACAUUUUACCGCACGCCAUAUUUUUUUCCUACUACAGUUACAUAUAAAGGACUUUACAUGGCGUUUACUAAGAUCUUUAACACCCUUGUACUAAUUGAUGUCUCGAACAAUAAAUUCCAUGGCAGCAUUCCUGAAACUAUUGGGAUGCUUAGUGCGCUCAGUGGUCUCAACAUGUCACAUAAUGCUCUUACAGGACCAAUUCCCAACCAGCUUGGUAGUCUGCAUCAACUUGAGUCUUUGGACCUUUCAUCAAAUAAGCUUUCUGGGGAGAUCCCUCAAAAUUUAGCAUUCUUGGACUUUCUAUCAACAUUGAACCUGUCCAAUAAUAUGGAGGGAAGGAUUCCAGAGUCGCCUCAUUUCUCAUCACUGCCCAAUAGUUCGUUUAUACGUAAUGUUGGUUUGUGCGGGCCUCCAUUAUGA